AUGGGGGGACGCAAUCGUGCUUUUCAAAAGCAGCGUAACGGCUGGAACCAGUCGCCUCGUCGGGGCCAAAACUUUAGCAGCCCCAGCCCAAGGAACGACGUCACAUUUCGCGGCUUCACGUUGGAGGAAGAAGCUCGUCAAACUUCAUCACAACACGACUGGAGUAGUACUGUGCAGCUUCGAAAGAGGCCCGUCGUCUUCGUCAGCUCCGGCUCUCAUGAUCCACUGCAGUCGCUCUCGCCGCAGGACGACAAGGCGAAGGAUGCAUCGAGCACCGUUGAAAUAGCCGAAGAAGCAGCACCUAGAAGAGAAACGCCCCGAGAAGCAGCGCCCGAAGAGGCGGCACCAGUUGCAGCAACGUCACAAGACGCAACUGAAGAGACAAAGCCCAUUGAUGUGACAUCUAUUGGAACACAACCUGUCGGACCAGCAUCUGGAGAAGGGAAGCCUGUUGAGCCUACGUCUGAACAAUCAACUCUCGCUGAAUCAACAUUCGAAGAGCCCAAACCUGUUGAUUUAACGUCUGAAGAAGCCAACCCUGUGGAUCUGACAGCUGAACGAGCAUCAUUUGUGGAAGCAGAGAAUGGCGAGGAAGCGGAUGAAGAAGCGACACUGGAGCAAACAACUCUUCGAGAAACAGCCCCAGAGAAAGAUGAACAUGAAGGACUAGCACCUGGAAGAACGGAAUCUGAAGAACGAGUACCAACAGAAGCAACCCCCGAAGAAAGCAUUGAGGGCCAUCACGAAACAGAUAAUACCGGUUCCAGCGAUGAGGUCAUCGUUUUUAAGGGUCGAAACGCCAGGAAGGCCAAGACGCAGGGGCCCAACAUCACACUCACGACCAUAGAGACCGAGAUAAGGGCGGUGGAAAAGCAAAUCUCGGCUACUUCCGAAGCAUCUCCCAAACGGCUACCCAUCCGUCCUGCAAAGGGUGAUGACGACGAUUCUGACCAUCUGUUGUGGCCAACAAGGAAACGGGGAAAGGCACGUGGGCGGCGGAGUCGGGGCAAGGAUUCGGAAGAAGACGCUAUGCUCGCUGACUAUAUCGCCAACAUGCGCGAGAAUGGCGAGAUGUUUGAAGGUCUUGGGGAUGACGAUGAGGAGGAAGAAAGCAGCGAAGACGGCGAAGGAAAUCCAUCAGCUACUGCGGGCCCAAAGGCCGUGGAUGAUGAUGAUGAAGAAGAAGAAGAUGAUGAUGAUACUAGCGACGAUGACGCUAUCGACCCGGACGUGUACGAUGGACUUCUUGACGCUUCUCCCCCUAGUGAGCUGGAGGACGACGAUAUCCUUGAGGAGCACAAUGGGUUUGAUGUGAUGGACUGGGAAAGGCCCAGC